AUGGGCUCUCCAGACCCAGAGCAUGGUCGACAGUUGAAUGGGAUGGGUGGAGGUGUUAGCAGUUUGUCCAAAAUCUGUGUUGUAUCCUCUCCUACGCCAAAGCAACAACAGCAAGGCAUUCAAGUCGAAUAUACUUUCGUUCAAGUUGGUAUCCGCGACAGCAGCAUCGACUAUAGCGGAAACUGUGGGAAUCUGUCCUCGAUGAUUGGGGUGUUUGCUCGUGACGAAGGACUCUGUGCUCCACCCCCAGCUGGAGCGAGUGAAAUGACAGUGCGCUCGUUCAAUACCAACACAUCCAAAAUAAUUGACACGACUUUCCCUAUUGAAGACGACGUCGCAGUCCUCGAUAGGCCAGAAGUGACUGUCGCUGGUGUCCCAGGGAAAGGCUCUGAAAUAAUUAUGGAGUUUGUCAAUCCCGGUGGAGCGCGCACUGGUAAACUCCUCCCAACCGGAACACCUGUUGAUACGUUGCAAAUUGCUGGGCGGACUCUACAAGCGUCAUUGGUGGAUGCCACGAAUCCAACCGUGUUUGUUUCCGCUGCGGAAUUGCGUGAAUUUCUCGCAUUUGACGAGUACAUCGCAUCGAGCAGUUCUGCAGAAGCAACACGGGUCAGUGAGAUAUUGGAGCUAAUCCGACAAAGUGGGGCAGAGCGAAUGGGCCUUGACCCAAACGCACAAGCUCAGCCGAAAAUUGCCAUACUUGGAGAGGACGGUGAUGGAGAUGCGGAUGUUAUGGUGCAUUCGCUGUCGAUGGGAGUCUUGCAUAAGGCGAUUCCGAUGACAGUAGGAUUAUGCGUGGGAGUGGCAGCCAACAUUCCAAACACGCUGGCAUGGAAGAUCGUCCAACAAAAGCACCCAAGCAAACGGAAUAUGGUGAGGAUCAGGCACCCAGGUGGGUCAGUCGAUGUUGGCGCUGAAAUGAAUGGAGACGAAGCAAAAAGCGCAAAGGUCAUCAGGACAGGGCGUAGACUCAUGAAAGGGGUUGUGUGGUACUGA